AAAACUCCCACCUGGAUGAUCUGUAUACCCGGUACCGGCAGCGGCUUCGAAAGUCGUUAUUCAUCUCCGGUCUGGGAAUAUCGAUACUCUCCUGCCUGGUAUCAAUCAUUCUAUGCAAGUUGCGAGAAGAGAUUGUGGCUGACCUAACGAUGCUGGCCGGUGCCUCGGUGGUGCUGUGUGUCAUUCUGGUGGCACUGCACUUUCCGAUGGUGAUGAAUUCGCCACUGGCUGCCCUAUCGUUCGCCAUGCUGACCACCGGGACCAUCGGAGCCAUUGCCAUCGCCGUCGGAGCACAGCUGGCACCGCUACCGCUGUUUGCACUAAUUUUGGGUGUCCACACGAUGCUGCCCAUCUCCUGGCCCGUUUCCGUCGUGCUAGCGGUGAUUCUAUGUCUAGUGCACAUAGGAUGUCGCCUUUGGUCUGGAGUGCACGACCUGCCGGCCUACUUUUUCCCGCAACUGGUAGCGGAGAUGAUAUUCCUGGCGUCGGCGUCCAUCUCCGGCCUGUACUACCGCAUCAUGUCCGAUGCAGCGCACAUCGAUGCCGUCGACGGGACCCGUAUCGGAAUCGAGCAAAGGGUCCGCUUGGAAUGCGAACGAGAACAGCAAGAGCAACUGCUGCUCAGUGUGAUACCGGCCUACAUUGCAGCCGAGGUGAAACGCAGCAUUAUGUUGAAAAUGGCCGACGCCUGUCAGACAGCCGGUGGCCAGAGCCAGACCAGGUUCCACGAAAUGCACGUCCAACGGCAUAACAACGUGUCCAUCCUGUAUGCCGACAUUGUGAACUUCACGCCCCUCUCGGAGCAACUGACGGCAUCCGAUUUGGUGAAGACACUCAACGAGCUGUUUGGACGGUUUGAUCAAAUCGCUCAAGAGAAUCAGUGUUUGCGAAUAAAAAUUCUCGGUGAUUGCUACUACUGUGUGUCCGGAUUGCCGGUCUCCAGGCCCCAGCACGCGGCCAACUGUGUCAACAUGGGGCUGCAAAUGAUUGAAGCAAUACGAUUCGUCCGGGAAGCGACCGGAUUCAACGUGGACAUGCGAAUCGGCAUCCACACCGGCAAUGUCCUGUGCGGUGUGCUGGGGCUGCGCAAGUGGCAGUUCGACGUGUGGAGCGACGAUGUCACCCUGGCGAACCAUAUGGAGAGCGGAGGCGUUGCCGGACGAGUUCACAUCACGAAAGCCACCCUCGACUAUCUGGGCGAUCGGUUCGAAGUGGAACCGGGAGGAGGAGCCGGCCGCGAGUCGUACCUGGCGGAUCAUAAAAUUGAAACCUACCUUAUCGUGCCACCGAAGAAACCAUCCACCAUCGAACCACCGAAACGUUCCCCUUCAUCAAACACGCACACGCCGUCGCCAACGGCCACCACAGCCACCAUUCAGAUAACCGAACCGGAUCUCCUUGAUUCCGCCUCCCUUGGCGAACCACCAAAGACCCCGAAAACGCCUCGAACGCCCAAAACGCCGGAGGACCUGCGCCGGUCGCACGCAUCCCUCGCAUCCAGCGUCAUUCCGGAGGAGCAGGAGCGGCUUCUACCGCGGCAGUCUUCCGUUCCGUUGAGUCCGCUGCCACCGCCGUCGCCCUUGCCUCUCAUCAAACAAACCAGCAUCACCAUCACCACCGAGACAAUCAACGAGGAAACGACUGAAAACGGCGACGACGGCGAGCAGGACCACUGCAAAAAGGCCUGUCUGACGUUGCCCGUCGAGCCCAUCACCACCAAUGGACACCUGCCGGAGCGCGUCGGCAGUCGGAAGCUGUCCGUGCAAGGUCUGAUGGCGUUUGCCGAGCGCCGAAAAUCGUCCAGCUCUAUUUUCGGCGACAUGCGAAAAAUGUCCAUCAAUAAUAUCGAAUGCCUCCGGUCGCCGAUGGUGGCCACACCGGGACCGCUGAUGCGCAACCGACCGUCCUCAAAAAUGACCAAGUACGUCGAGUGUUGGGGUGCGGACAAACCGUUCGCCAACAUCACCGACUCCAAGAUGGCAAAGAACAUCGGUCUGGCGAGCAUAGCCAUGAUUGAGUCCAACCUGCUGCCGGAAGAUGGCCACUGUGGCGAGUGCAAAUGCUGGGGCCCACCGAAGGAGCUACAACCGGUGACCAUGUGGUACCGGAACGAUUCCCGUGAGGCCAUGUACCGAACGCAGCCAGACUGUAGCUUCCGGUUCGAUCUCAUCUGUACGUUUAUUUUGUUCUUAUCGAUUGGACUGAUACAAGUAGUAGUAUUUAAAAGCAAUGUAGUCGUCAUCGGUUCCCUGAGUGCGACUACCGUAGCCUUAGGUCUAUUUCUAUAUUUAAGUAACCACCAGACGUCGGACCUGUCGUCGCCUGGCAGCAACGGCCCCGGUCAGGUGAUUGCCGCCAAUCGGUCUCUCCGGAUAGCAAUAUUUAUUAUUUCGACUACGCUCAUAGCAGCAUGUGCCAUAUUUAGUGUGAUAAAUUUCGACGACUUAGUGAUAGCAAACGUUCUCCUGGUUAACAAUGGCACCGAAUCGGUCACGUACGACGUUCAGUUCGCACCGCUGGCUCCGGUCUAUUUAUACAUGUGUGCCAUCAGUCUGGCUGCCGUAUCGGCCUUUCUCAAGUCGGGCUUCAUCAUCAAGUUGCUUCUGAUGUUGCUCUUCAUCGGAGUUCAGUGCUCGCUGCUGUGGCAGAGUUCGCUCUUCGAAACCUACCAGAUAUUGAACAAUUCAUGGCCUCUAGCAUUCCAAGGUGGCCUGUUUCUGUUGCUGAUAGCAUCCGUCCUGCAUACCCUGGACCGGCAGGGCGAGUACGUCUCGCGGACCGACUUCCUGUGGAAAGCCAAACUCAAGGUCGAACAAGAGGAAGUGGAAACGAUGCGUGGAAUCAAUAAGAUUCUACUGGAGAACAUCCUGCCGGCCCACGUAGCGCAGCACUUUCUGAAAAAGGAACGUGCCGUGCAGGAAUUGUACCACGAGAGCUACUCCUCGGUGGCGGUCAUGUUUGCCUCCAUCCCCAACUACAAGGAAUUCUACGACGAAACCGACGUUAACAAACAAGGGCUGGAGUGCUUGCGGUUGCUGAACGAGAUAAUCUGCGACUUCGAUAAGCUGCUGCUGAAGCCCAAAUUUAGCGGAAUCGAAAAGAUCAAAACCAUCGGCAGCACGUACAUGGUGGCGUCCGGGCUGCGGCCCGGCAAGGAGGAAGGUGCAACGAAAAAUAAUGAGCUGGAUGAAAAACGAACCGAAGAGCACAACGUGGUGGUGCUGGUGGACUUUGCCAUCGCGCUCAUGACGACACUGGAUCAAAUCAAUCGAGAAUCAUUCCAACGGUUUCGGCUGCGAAUCGGAGUCAACCACGGGCCCGUGAUUGCGGGUGUAAUCGGUGCCCAAAAGCCACAGUACGACAUCUGGAGCAACACGGUGAACGUGGCCUCACGGAUGGAUUCCUGUGGCGUUAUGGGGCGGGUGCAGGCGAGUGAGAACACGGCCAAAGUUCUGAUGGCAGCCGGCUACUCUUGCGAGUGUCGUGGACCCAUUCCGGUUAAAGGUAAGGGCAUCCUUACGACGUACUUCGUGAAAACGCCAUUCGACGAAAAGAUUUAAAGACUCGGAGCAGAAUGUGUGAAAAAGGGCACCUACCGCUACCACAGCAACCAAAAGGGGCAACGAAUAUAAUUACCGGUCCCAUCUGUCGACCAUCGUCGUCGGUAUCCGUGCUAAGCGCUGUUGUUUUGCAACCCGACGUGACGCGUGAAAGAAUGAGUGAGUAACCUACUUUUAAUUAUUCAAACAGGGGCUAGAAAGCUGUGUAGAAAAUGGAAACAGGACUAAGAGCAGCAUAGCUGAAUCUUGAGUGUUAAUGAUGUGUAAACACGUUUAGGGUCAAACUCUUUUAGCAUGUCUAAACGUUUUCUAUAGGCAGUGCUACAGACCUACUGGUACAACAAUAGACCAUUGCUUUCCAAACUUUUCCAGCUUUCAACUUUCUACGAUUUCCAAACUCAAAUAAUUUCAAAACUAUUGAGCAUAAAACUUAUUUAUAAACAGUCAACAGCGAGAUAAUGGGAAUCUGUUUCAAUUUACCCAUAUCAACGGAAUUAUCGCAAGGAUAGCCAAAUCAUUCCUCAAAGUCGAUAAGCUCUCGUAUGCUAGGGUAAAAGCUUCCUUAGUGGAGGUAGUACCAAUAGUGGUGGUAGUGCCAAUUCAGCACUAUUUCGAGCAAAAAGCUUGCAAAUGACAUUUUUAAUAGAAGCAUCAUAACUAAUUAAUAACAUUAAUUCAGUUUUGUAUUUAGGAUUUGCCGAAAAACCUAUUUUAAACAAUUAUUUUCCUUAAAUUUUUUGCUCCUUUGCAGCUACAGUGGUGGUAGUGUUCCUAUAGUGGUAGGUCCCAUAAGAAUUCAAUGGGAUGCGCCACUAUAGGAACCAAUGUUAAAUUUUACCCCCAUAAUAGGAACCGUGUACCUAUAGUUGGUGCAAGUGAUUUAUUAGCAAAAACUGAAAUAAACAAUGGUUUUUACAUUUUUCCUAGCAAAUUUAAGUGAAAAACUACCGAUUAACGUUUUCAGACUUUUUAUUUUGUGGUAUUAUCAAUUUUAUUCAAUUAUUUUUCCACAAGGAGCUACUAAUAGCACCACUAUUGGUACAUUUACCCUAUGGGUCCAUUCGAUUUGUUUGUAUAUCUAAUGACGAUGAAGCGGACUUAUAAACCCAAGUAACAUUUUGAUGACCAUUAAGUAUUGUAGAGGUUUUAAGAACCGUCAUAAAACCUAAUAUUUUUAUUUCUGUUUCAUGAUGGUUGUAGAAACCUUGUCUAGUCUAUUUGACUAAAAAUUGUUACUUGGGAAGAAUUUUAAAUGAUUCACCCACUUAUCAUGCUUACAAUGACUCGUGUAAUAUCUUUGAGAAAAAUGCAAUCUGGAAAAACGUUUAUUGCUGUAGAUAGGUUAGUAGGUCAUGUAGUACUUUUAGCUGAAAAUGAUGUAAUUUAAUAUCAGCAAAUAAAAAUAAGACAAAUCAAAACACCAGAAACCAAACACACAAAGUAGUUAUGAAUUCAUUCGUCAACAAAAUGAAUAUUUUAUUCUUAGAGGCUGUGUAACUUCCACUAACAAACAGUUUAGUCGUGAGCCAUUCUACAAAAGUUUAAACUUGCAAAUUCAACAUUAACAGAAAGAAUAUAAAUCACGUGCAUGCAUAGAAUGUACUGAAUAUCACAUUUAUGGGCCUACCCCUAACGUUUCCGAAAGCAGUGGAAUCCCUUUUUAUACACUCAUUUUACACCCUCCUUCCUCAGCAAGUACAUCACCGUUACCUCAUCGCCAUAAUUUAUUCAUCAUACAUUAUUCCAAAGCGAGCAUUUUGCAUAACAUAUCUUUCCAAGCGUGAAGCAGUUUUAGUUAUCCACCCGCAGCAUUCAAUCAAUAAUCUCGAAAGAGAUAAUGUAAGCACAUACACACACGACUCAAAGCCUCUAACCAAAGCAUGUUUUAGCUGCGAAACAAACUGAGUAAGAUACAAAGUAGUAAAUCCAAUUGAAGUCAGAGAUAGCUACCUUAGUUCAUAAGUGGUUUAUACAUUAAAAUAAAAUCAAAUUCCAUUUCGGUUGCGCCAUUUCGAACAAAAAUAUCACGCCAAAUUAAAUUAAAAUAAAAAAUUGUCAAUUGAAACUCGA